AUGCAGCGCUUUGGCAGCCUUGUGUUGGAAAAAACGAAGUAUCCAAACUCAGAUAUUUACUGGAAGAAAUUUGAGAACCAGUACCAUUUCUCCUGCCAAUUUACAGCUGAUCUCGUCGCCAUGAAUCACACCGAUUUCAUCAUUACAAGCACCUUCCAAGAGAUUGCCGGAAAUAAGGAUACAAUUGGUCAAUACGAAUCCCACACUGCCUUCACUCUUCCUGGUUUAUACCGAGUAGUUCAUGGAAUUGAUGUCUUUGAUCCAAAGUUCAAUAUUGUCUCUCGUGGUGCUGACAUGUCCAUCUACUUCCCUUACUAUGAGGAGAGCAGGAGGUUGACAUCUCUUCACGCAGAAAUUGAAGAGCUCCUCUUUAGUUCUGUUGAGAAUGCUGACCACAAGUUUGUGCUGAAGGAUAGGAACAAGCCCAUAAUCUUUUCAAUGGCAAGAUUGGAUCGCGUUAAAAACAUAACGGGUUUGGUUGAGUUGUAUGGUAGGAACCAAUGGCUCAGAGAGCUAGUUAACCUUGUAGUGGUGGCCGGUGACCAUGGCAAGGAGUCUAAGGAUAAGGAAGAGCAAGCAGAGUUGAAGAAGAUGUAUAGUCUCAUUGAGGAGUACAAGUUGGAUGGUUCGAUCCGUUGGAUCUCUGCUCAGAUGAAUCGGGUUAGAAAUGGAGAACUGUAUCGAUAUAUCUGAGAUACUAAAGGGGCCUUUGUGCAGGUACUCCACUCUUACUAGAAAACUUAUUGUGUUUUAUGGCUGGAA